GUAAACUCCUCCAAACUUUGACCGCUUGCCAGUCUGGCAUGUACAACAAUGAGCUACUAGGCUCACCUACCGCAGGUUCAGGAUAGAAUCUGAUCCUUCGUCCAGUUCAACACACCUGGGCGAUGAGCUCGCCACAAGGCCACCCAGCACAGUCGAAAAGCGCCACCGCGGCCCCUGCAUCGGUAAAGAGGGCCAGGAUUGUCACAACAUCCAGCGGCAUCGCCAUACCUCAAAAAAUUUGGUUUGAUCCAUGGAACUCUGUCUCUGCCGGACACCAGCGUGCGGAGAAUGCACUUGCAGCAUCUCCCGGCUGGCGCAGUAGCAGAGAGCUGAAACUUGCCGCGCAGUAUCAGGGCGGCCGAGGCGGCGGGAAAAGAGUAUACGAUACGAUAGGCCGCGGCAGUGAAGAUUUUGGCGAAGAGGGUGGAAAGGUGAAUGGAGCGAAGCGGUUGAGGUUAAAAAAUCAACCCACCAUAAAAGAAUAUUUCAGCGCCACCGGAUCGCGUUCAACCCUCGACGGUGGAAAGCGGGACGAAUUCCCCGCAGAGCACGCACGUAGCGACGACGAUCUCGAGAAAGCGAUCGAAGCGUCGUUGCGUGGUCAGAGAGCGGGUUCAGAUGAACGCGACGAGGCCGGGUCACCCAACGAUGUCCGACGCGACGCCGCCAGCAACGAUCUAGAAAAAGCAAUUAUUGAGUCAUUGCUGGACCCCAACGCCCUUUUGCCUGCCCCAUCUGAGGACGAUAUGGACGCAAUACCGCCGAGCAAUCAAGACUGCCGUUAUGGCAGUGGCGACAACAAAGAGCACCUUACGAAGCCGAGAGAACCGGAUGGUGAGGACACAAUGCCUGGUGCGUCCAGGCAAGUCUUUAAGAACCUGGUCUUCUUCAUCAACGGUUCCACGGCGCCUCUGGUCUCAGACCACAGGCUCAAGUUCCUGAUCUCCGCGCACGGCGGUCGCAUAUCCCUGGCACACAUGCGCAGAACAGUCACCCACGUCAUUGUUGGCAUCCCGAUGGGCCAUCCCACCCAUGGCAAAGGUGCCGGUGGUGCUCUGGCAAGCGUCAAGAUACAACGAGAGAUGGCUCGCUCAAGGGGUAAGUGCGUCCACUUUGUCAACGCGCAGUGGGUGCUGGACUGCGUGCAAGCUGGCAAGCGGCUCAACGAGGCGGGAUACGAGUGCGUCAGGCUAGGAGGCUCAGGCCAAGGCACCGUCUAUGCAACAUUCAGAGCAGCGAAGGCGGCCGUGAACAACGGUGCCAAUGGUAAAGCUGUCAACAUUAUUGAGGAUGACGAGGUGGACUUGCAUUGAACGUAAUGAGCAUUUAUCCAAAUAGAUGAUACCCUAGAGUCAAAUGCAUUAGGGGUGGUUAACUG